AUAAAGGGGUAAGCAGCCAUAACUCUUCACAAGCUUCACAAGCUGCACCUCAAACCGGUAGAUCAAAUUUAAGUACAUCUCCACAACCGACUGAUAAAUGGACGAACAGUCCUUCCGCUCCGCCAGUUUCACCUCAAUCUGGUGGAUCAAGUGUAAGUGCAUAUUCGCAUACCGAAAAGCGGACGGGCAGUCCUACUGCUUUAGGAAACCCUAAUACAGAACAAUACCGCCAUGGAGCUCCACCAGCCUCAUCGGCAUCAACGGGAGUUUCGCCACAACCCAGCGAUAAGCAAAUCACCAAUCCGGAUUCUUCGACGAACCCUGACAAAUAUAACGAUAGUCCUAAUACGAAACCUCCACCUGUAAAGCGAAGCGUGGCCGAAUCUCCUCACGCUGGAAGAGUAUCGGCUGGAAAACGAAUGGCCAGUCCUGAGAAUCGAGACACUCAACCAUCGCAACCUACCGGUAAAAGGGUAAACAGUCCGAACGCUAAUAAAAACUACCGCUCUGAAACACCACCACCAGGUGGUGUAGGUACUAUAGAAGUAUUAAAGCCACAGUCUAUGAGAAGGAUGAGUAAUUCUGGUACUUCAGCAAUUGGCGAAACACCAAUAAGUAGUAGUGGAAGUAGUUCUGGCCCUGCAGGUGGUGUAGGUACACUUGAAUUAUUAUCACCACAGUCUGCUAAAAGGAUGAAAGAAGGAUCGAGACCAGUGCCUCCGGCCAGCAGACCAGUUUCGGGCAUGCCUGUCCAACCGACUGAUAGUAAGUUGAGUAGUUCUAAUGCUUCAGGAAAUUCAAAUGCAAUUCAAAAUAAUCCCCAAGCGCAAAAAAAUAACAAAAAAAUUCUACUGGAGAUUCACCAUCGAAUUCGAGCAGAAUAGUUUAUAUGGUAUCGCCAAGUGGUAAUGGUGGAGCAACGACACCUCCACCACCACCUCCGACACCGCAAGAUGGUACCAAAGAAGCGAUAUACGAAAAAUACCAGAAGAUUUUUAAGGAGAAAUGCGACGCCUUACCUAUAGAAUCAACAACACCUGAAACUGAAAAAUUAGCUGAACUUGCUAGAACCGGCAUUUAUAAUGGAAUUGUAAAGACGUUUUUCAAAUUAAAGGCCGACCCUGAAAUCGAAAAUGACUACGGUUACUUCGAGUUUAUGCUUGAAGAGAAGAUAGAUGAUAUGUUGGACGUUCUUCCACAAACAGAAAAUUUUAAAAGCAAGCGUCAUCCUUGGAAAAUUGACGUUCUGACUAACGCUAUCGACAUGCUGGAAGAGCUACAUGGGCUUUCUGAUAGACCAUCUUUUAGGCAGCGUGUUAGGAAUAAAUUUAAUCGGAAAUUUGCACGAGAAUUGGAAUUAGAAGAAUGUUUCUUACUGCAACAAGGUUUUUUGGCUGAAAUGGCUGAUGCAUAUAUUUUAGAUACUAAAUAUAAAGACGAAAACCCAGUAAAAGCCAACAUAUACAAGAAUAGAUUGAUGAAAAAAAUCGAUGAUUUGACAAAUCAUCUGUCUAAGGAACACAAUGCCGGUUUCAGGUUCUUUAAAAAGCCACAGUUGGCACGAAUAGCUAUGAAAGUACUAGACGAAGUGCCAAUACCGAACGACGAUAUAUUAAAAGCAGAAGCAGAGGAAAUCCAACUUGCGGAUGAAGUUGAGAAAUGGUAUAGAGAAUUGCCUACUAAACCUUUAGUUAACGAAACUGAUGGCGUACUAAGAAAAAGAAUGAUAGACUUACUAGCCAAAAAGUUAUACGAUAUUCAAAAACACGGAGACGACUCAAACGUUCCUAAAGAUGAACAAAUGAAACAUGAAAUGAGUCAAUUUUUGGAAAAGAGAGCAAAGUUGCAGGACGAUCAAGAUUUGAACAUAAAUUUUAUGGUUGACGAGCUGAAUAACAGAUUGAAAAAUAGGUGGUUAAAGGAUCCCGUCGACUACAGUGAUUUUGAAAACGAACAUCCAGUUAGUUCCACCUUUGCCCAAGUUAAUAACCAUGAAGUGUAUCUAGCACCGUUAAUGGACGCUGCUACAAGUACUGGGCAACCUCAAGGGCAAAACUAUCAAGACUCUCCUUACGAAUCAUCAAGAAAUCGGCAACCACAGUCGGCACAAAUGGGGCCAAACCAAACGUAUAAUUCACAAGGGGUUCCGAUGGAUAUGAGACAACAACAGCCUUAUUUAGGAUAUGGACCUCCGGGAUAUGCUGAGCAGUCUUAUAAAGGAGUGCCUUUCCAAAGUAUUCCACCUAACCAGCCGCCUGGCCACCAGACCGGAAUGGGUCCCUACAAUACACGGCUGGAUGGGUAUGGUCCCCAGCAACCGCAAAUGAGACCUGGGAACUAUCCAGAAUCUUACCAUCAUGGAGGGAACAAUCCGUAUAUGCCUCAGCAGGGCAUGCAUCCCUCCUCUAGGCCUGGACCUCUUGGUCCUCCUGGCCCCGGUAAUGGAUAUAUGACUCAUGGCCCCCCAAUGCAGCACACUUGUCCAAGGAAUAUGCGAUUAGGUCCACAGUCUGGCCCUAGCCCCAGAAUGCAUUGUAGUAUUCCUCCUUACGUCCAAUGCGGUGGACGGCAAGGUUCUUUUUCUCAAGAGCAGGGUACCGAGCCUGGUAUGAAUGGCCAACAGAGAGCUUACGGGUUGCAGGGUCAGAUGCGGCAGGGUACUAAUUACGCAAGACAAGGACAGAAUCCAACGCCUGGUUAUGAAGGCGGCUACGGGCCGCCACCCGGCAACGGUGUAGGUGCUCCGAUGGGGCCUGGUUCACCAGACGGAGAAGACAUAGACAAUGAAUACAUGAUGAGAUGCAAGUGCCUGGAGGCUUAUCGUCGCAGAAGGAGGUGCUUCGAAUUCGACGAACGAUGUCCAAGAUACAGUCCUUAUAGAUGUUACUUUUAAAUUAUGUGCGUGUUUUCUGUGAUUGUCACCUAUUUAUGUCAAUAAAUUAAAAAACCAA